AUGUGCAAACACAAUAUCAACUAUCAGACUGUGAAACAAACCACUCUCAAUACGAUCCCCGAGACAGCACCUUCUCACUUGUUGGGCUCAUGUAACAUGGAGAAGUUAUCCAAUUGGCUAGUGUUUGGUAAGCGGAGAUUCAGUGUCAAGUUAUGGAAAACGUUUUCGGACGUCUUUAACUGCCUUCCGAUAGCCGCUAUUGUAGGCGGUAAAAUUUUCUGCUGCCAUGGAGGCCUUUCGCCUGAUCUGCACAAUUUGGAACAAAUUCGCAGAAUACGAAGACCCACUGAUGUCCCAGAUGCGGGAUUAUUAUGCGAUCUGCUCUGGUCCGAUCCAAACCACGAUAUCACCGGAUGGGCUGAAAGUAAUCGCAAUGUUAGCUUCCACUUUGGCGUGGAUGUGGUGAGCAAAUUUCUUAGUCGCAACGAGCUCGAUCUGGUCUGCCGAGCGCAUGAAGUGGUCGAAGAUGGCUACGAGUUUUUUGGACGCAGACAACUGGUCACCAUCUUCUCGGCACCAAACUACUGCGACGAUUUCAACAACGCAGGUGGCAUGAUGAAAGUGGACGAAAACUUGACGUGUUCAUUUCAAGUCAUGGGAAUCGAAGACGGUUAA